GAUUGUCGUUUACUCCGUAAGGACGACCUGGCUGUGGUCAGAAAUGUCAGUUCACCCCGUGUGCCUGAAUUUGUGCAGCGUUCUCCUCGGCGUCUAGUGGCUUUCGCACAUCCCUCUGCAUCAUCUAAUGUGAAUGACAGCUCAUCUAUAGGCAUCACAACUCCUGGUAUCCAGGCCUUGGCGGUGGAGAAUGGCCGCGUUCAUCUUAUCGUUUCUCGCUCAGAAGAUAUCCCUCCAUUUAGCACUGGUCUGACAUCUCAUCGCAACACCUAUCGUCAAACGAGAGCUGGAACGUUACCAGUUCAUUCAGCGAAUAAGCAAUCGAAAAUGCUUCGCAUGGAUUAUCUAAUUUUCAACAUGCUAGGAAAACUUAUUUCUGGUCAUAGAAUGCCGGCAUCUGCCAACGCCUUUCAAACUCUUCCACCUUCAGUAAAUCCUCUUCACAGCCGCUCAGGGUAUAAGUAUCGUUUUCAUGCCCCCGGAGGUUCUUUACGUCCCAUGCUUUUGCGAGAUGCCUGUGGCAUCUUAUUUCCUUUUAUACCCCCCUCGCGCCCGAGCAAUCAAGAGUCUUGGGCUCUACCUGCUUGGCUAGAUCUGCCCCCGAUUCGUUGUGCUGCGUUUGCAUGGAUAAACCUCUCCUCACAUGCUGGCUCGAUCUCUAGUUCAGUUGGGACUAGCAAUGCUGGUGGCAACACAAGCAACUCCGCUGGUAGUGGCCAGGUCACGUUUGGUCUUCGAGGCAGCAACUCUUCUGUGGGGGCCAAUCACUUAUCAACUCGAUCAUCUAGUACUGCACCCGUUCCAAGCGGGCCACCUCGCCUCUUGGUUGGUUUCGUGGUUGUGCAGACACUUACUCUCAUGCCGCAUAUUUUGCGUGCCAAUGCUACUGGUGUCGAAUCAUUGAUGUGCUUUGAGGACAUACUCUAA